AUGGCAGCCACAGACCGGAGAGUUGCAAUCGUCACGGGAGCUGCAGUUGGGAUUGGCGAGGAACUGUCGCGGGGCCUGGUAGCGAAAGGAUGGAACGUGACAGGACUCGACCUCGCCGUCCAGAACUCCGCGGCCGAUGAGCUCUCGAAAGAACUCGGAGAGACGUUCCUCUUCAUUCCUUGCGACGUCUCAAAGUACGAUGAACUCGCCACCGCAUUCUCAAUGACGUUCCAGAAAUGGGGCCGGAUUGACGCCUUUUGUUCCAACGCGGGUUUCGUGGACAAGUCGUCCGUGUACCUGCUCAACAGUCGCGGAAGCAUCGAGAUACCUCCCGAGCCAGACCUUGCCUCCACAGACGUCAUAUACAAGGGUUUGAUCUACGGGACUCAGCUUGCAAUACACUUCAUGCGUCAGAACCCGACACCCGGGGGGCAUAUUGUGGCGACUUCCAGUAUUGCCGGACUCUACCCUAUGGCCUCGUUGCCGGAGUACUCGGGUGCCAAAGCUGCUGCAAGUCGCGCCUGGUUCGAAGAUCAAGCGGCGGGCAUCGCUAACCCUGCCCCAGGUUAUCGGAUUCGUCCGGGCAACCGCACCCGUUCUGAACGCGACAACAUCACUAUCAACGCGAUAUGUCCCGGGGUGGUGCCGACUCGGAACAUCCCCCAAAUCAUGCGCGACACCUUUGGAGUAGACAGUCUGACUCCUCGAUCAACCAUACUGGCGGGAUACCUGAGGUUCUUGGACGAUCCGUCGCUGAACGGCAACAUCAUUGAAGCGUCUCGGAACCGGCUCCUCUUCACAGAGAAGCCUCCUUACGCAGACGGAGACUAUUCGAAGCGGUCAUCCACAGUCUUUGAUCCCCUGUUCGAGUCGGUACAUGGACAACCGUCGGGUCUCGAAGAUAUCGUUAGACCUCUACCCUGA